AUGUCAUCUACACCAAUUCUUCGAACCAGAAUUGCCAAUGCCACCAGGAUCCAGAAAUACACAUCCUGCAUUCGCUCCACGCUGAGCUCAGCUGGACGAAAGAUAAAUGACCAGCUCCGGCAGCAUGGCCCCUUUUAUUGGGAGGGAUCACCAUGGGAUGAACCCGAGCACAGAGAUUUGGCAAUUGCUGAUAUGGACUUGAACAGAACAUAUGCCAAUGACCCAGAAUACAGGGUGCCGGCCGUUGAGCCGGAAGCGAGGCCCCCAAGACAGCAGAGAUGGACCCAGGUUGGGAGGCCGUUAACGGAUCGUACCCAGUUGCCUGAGGGCUGGAACACUGAUGAGCCUGAUUUAGACCCAAAUGCAAUCUCAUCUAGGUGGCCUGCAAUCCUGGGCUGGAGCGGAAGGAUACAAAUCAAUGGUCUGGUAACGUAUUGGUCGCGAGGUACGCAAAUUAGCCAACCUCGCCCAUUUGACUGGGAUGAAUGCUUGGCGAUCAAUAAUCACCAUAACGGCACUACAAGCUUCUGGGUUGAAGGAUACAAUAUUGCUGUAAAGCUACCAGGCGUUGAUUGGUGGAGUGAGUUUAAGUUUGGGUUUGACACAGGGUGCGACCAAAUGGAGCUUUUCGAAAGGGAUUUGACUGUGCUUCAAGGCCCACAUAAUCUCGGUGUCGUUCAGACGUUGAAGUCUGCCUAUUGA